AUAAGUGGUAAGAGAUUUUGGGGAUUGUUCAAAAGUUUAUGUGGGACUCCAGAAAACUUCUUUAAGACCAGUUUUGUGUUCAACUACCUACCUCAACAGUGGAUGACAAAGACUGGACGCAAUCUAACGCCGGGAGAGUUUAAAGUCAGUGAAAUAAAAGAUUUAUACAAUAUAUGUGAUCCAAUAUUCAGUAAAGUUCUUGAGCUAUAUAAAGUGCAAAAAAUUGUCGCUAUUGGAAGAUUCUGUGAAACAAGAGCAAAGAAGAUACUUGAAAAAUAUCCAUCAUUAAGGCCUAUUCAGAUCUUGUAUUUGCCACAUCCCAGCCCAAGAACAGCCAAUGAAAAUAACUGGGAAGAAAAAGCCAGGGAACUCUUGAAAAAUUCAGAUCUUCUUAAGUAUUACGCAAAUGAAUCUAGGAAUAUAUAUUAA